AUGGCAGAAAAUCCGGAACCGCCGAAUGACAACACCAACAAAACUCUUCGAGACAUGAUGUUCCCGAACAACUUGAACCUCCGGCCAUCAGCCAUAGUACUACCGGAGAUCACUGGAAAUUGGGAGCUGAAGCAUACUCUUAUCCAGAUUUUGCCCAAGUACAGUGAUAUGCCUGGAGAGGACCCUCAAAUGCAUCUCCAAGACUUUGAGAUGGCAUGUGGAACGGUGCGCACCGCUAGUCAAGCCCUUGGCGAGUACAUCCGACUCCUCACUUUUCCGUUCUCUCUAUUAGAAGGAGCGAGGGAGUGGUUGUAUGAUUUGCCCGAAGGAAGCAUUCAGACCUGGCAGGAGUUGCAGAGCAAAUUUUUGGAAAAAUACUUCCCAGCUGCCCGGAUCCAAAAUUUGAGGACUCGAAUAAGCAACAUAAAGAUGGGAUCGGGAGAAGUUCUCUAUGAGUACUGGGGAAGGUUCAAGCAGAUGUUGGCCAAAUGCCCACAACACCAAAUACCGGAUCAUGAUCUUAUUCGAUAUUUCGUGGGAGGACUCCGAAGGCAAGAUAGGCAAUGGUUACACGCUGCAUGUGGAGGAUCGAUCCUAAACAAGUCCGCAGCGGAGGCUUUUAAGCUCAUAGCCGAUAUGGCCGAGGAAUCGAGAGAUGAGGAAGGGACUAUAGUCAGAACUACUCCGGUGCCGGCCCCUUCUGCCCAAGACGACAAGUUGGACAAACUGUGCAACAUGUUUGAGAAAUUCAUGACAAACCAAGGAACCCCCAAUCAAGGGAACCCCAACAUCCGGAAGCCUGUGAAGGCAUGCCAACUUUGCAUGGCAAACUCACAUGCAACCGACGAAUGUCCACAACUUUUCGAAGAGGUAGAACUCAAUGCUGUUGGGCAACAGCCAGGAGGAAACAACGGUGGGCAACACCAGAAACCCUUUGAGCCUUAUAGGCAACAGUUUAACAAUCAAGGGUGGAGACAACAUGAGAACCUCAGGAGUGCAGGAAACAAAGAUCUUUUGUUCAACGCUGAGAUCGAGCGACUUGUCCGACUGAACAACGCUAACAGACGCAGGGCAGAACAGGAAGCACAGGCAAGAGAAAGACAGUUAGAAGCGGAGAGAGAGAUGGCAGAAAAUCCGGAACCACCGAAUGACAACACCAACAAAACUCUUCGAGACAUGAUGUUCCCGAACAACUUGAACCUCCGACCAUCAGCCAUAGUACUACCGGAGAUCACUGGAAAUUGGGAGCUGAAGCAUACUCUUAUCCAGAUUUUGCCCAAGUAUAGUGAUAUGCCUGGAGAGGACCCUCAAAGGCAUCUCUAA